AUGAGGCGCAGCGGAACAGCACUUUCCUUCCUGCUAAGUGAGCAGGUCCGAGAGUCUGUGGAUUCCAGCUCAGCCCCUGCGAGUCCCCGUGGCAGUGGUGUCAUCUGGAGACGCUUCUCAGGGACCCCAUUGCUGCCACCGCUGUCGAGCCGCCUCAGGCCCCCUGGAGAAACUGAGCCCAGCUCCUGUGUGGUGUUCACCAUCGGGGCUCGAGGGACCGAGCAAGGCCAUGGUCCAGCUUCAGGCAGCUUUGACCUGGAAAAUGCACUCUCGCGUGGGAGAAGCGCUCAGGACCCUCACGUCGGGCCUGGCCUUGGCCAGGUCAUCCAGGCCCCUGCCCAACACAGCCAGCGGCGUGAGUCCUUCCUGUACCGCUCCGACAGCGACUAUGAACUCUUGCCUAAGGCCUUGUCCCGGAACUCUUCUGUGGCCAGCGACCUACAUGGAGAAGACAUGAUUGUGACACCCUUUGCCCAGGUCCUGGCCAGUCUGCGGACUGUUCGGAGCAAUGUGGCUGCGUUAGCCCACCUGCAAGGCCAAAGAGCAGCCAAGCAGACAUCCAUCGGGAACCCUCCAUCUGCCAGUCAGCCCCCUCCGCCUACAGAGGACACUGGGCAGAAGCUGGCUUUGGAGACACUGGAGGAGCUGGACUGGUGUCUGGAUCAGCUGGAGACACUGCAGACCCGGCACUCGGUGGGGGAGAUGGCCUCCAACAAGUUCAAGCGGAUGCUGAACCGGGAGCUGACUCACUUGUCUGAAACCAGCCGCUCGGGGAACCAGGUGUCAGAGUACAUUUCCCAGACCUUCCUGGACCAACAGACUGAGGUGGAGUUACCCAAGGGAACCCCCAAGGAACCCUCGAGGCCCAUGUCCCAGAUCAGCAGCCUGCAGGGGCUCCCCCACAGUGCCAGCCUCUCCACAGCCACCACCCCAUGCUUUGGGGUCCAGACUGACCAGGAGGGGCAACUGGCCAAGGAACUGGAAGACACCAACAAGUGGGGGCUUGAUGUGUUCAAGGUGGCAGAACUCAGUGGGAACCGGCCCCUCACAGCCAUCAUAUUCAGCAUUUUUCAGAAACGGGACCUGCUCAAGACAUUCCAGAUCCCAGUGGACACACUUGCCACCUACCUGCUGACGCUGGAGGGUCACUACCACGCCGAUGUGGCCUACCACAACAGCCUGCACGCCGCUGACGUGGCCCAGUCCACGCAUGUGCUGCUGGCCAUGCCUGCACUGGAGGCUGUGUUCACAGACUUGGAAGUCCUGGCUGCCAUCUUUGCAAGCGCCAUCCAUGAUGUGGACCAUCCUGGGGUCUCCAACCAGUUUCUCAUUAACACCAACUCGGAGCUCGCGCUGAUGUACAACGACGCCUCCGUGCUGGAGAACCACCACCUGGCUGUGGGCUUCAAGCUGCUGCAGGCAGAGAACUGCAACAUCUUCCAGAACCUCAGCACCAAGGAGCGGCUGAGCCUGCGCAGGAUGGUCAUUGACAUAGUGCUGGCCACUGACAUGUCCAAACACAUGAACCUCCUGGCUGACCUCAAGACCAUGGUGGAGACCAAGAAAGUGACGAGCCUGGGAGUCCUGCUGCUGGACAACUACUCUGACCGCAUCCAGGUCUUGCAGAACCUGGUGCACUGUGCGGACCUCAGCAACCCCACCAAGCCGCUGCCCCUGUACCGCCGCUGGACAGACCGAAUCAUGGCCGAGUUCUUCCAGCAGGGAGACCGUGAGCGGGAGUCGGGCCUGGACAUCAGCCCCAUGUGUGACAAGCACACAGCCUCAGUGGAGAAGUCCCAGGUGGGUUUCAUUGACUACAUCGCCCACCCACUGUGGGAGACCUGGGCGGACCUGGUACACCCAGAUGCCCAGGACCUGCUGGACACACUAGAGGACAACCGCGAGUGGUACCUGAGCAAGAUCCCCCGCAGCCCCGUGGACCCCACCAGCCCUGAGCAGGGCGGCCUCGACAGAUUCCAGCUUGAGCUGACUCUGGAGGAGGCGGAAGAAGAGGAGGAGGAGGAGAGAAUGUUGGCUCAGGAGGCCUCAGAGUCACCUGGCACUGACCUCCCGUCCCCUGAGGCCAGCUCAGACCCUGGGGCCUUAUGCCUAGACAACCAGAGGACCGUGGGCAAGCCCUGCAUGGACCACGAGGGCAAUGUAAUGGCUGAGCCAUCUGGCUCCUAAUGGCCCCUAAUGAGUGGGUGGACUUUCCAGGACGAGGUCCCAGGUGACUCACGCCUUGCCUUCUCCACACACUGAGGGAGACAACCUUAGUUAUAGGCAGGUUUCAGGAUUGAAGCUGACUGGGGUCCACUCUGACCCCUGGCUCUGCUGAGCUCUCCUCCUCCAGUGUCAGCUCUGACGUUGGGGCUGGGUCAGGCCCAACUUCUCCAGUGGUCACUCUUGAGCCACACCCAUCACUUAUUCUUUCAUUCUUUUUUUUUAUUAUUAUUCUUUCAUUCUUUAUAGGUAUUUAUUGGGCACAUACUGUGUGCCAGGCCUGUGCCUGCUAUGUGCCUCUGGGGCAGCCCUGUGCACCGGGGUGAGGAGUCAGCCCCAAGGAGAUGCCCCCCACAGGCACUUGCGUUUCAUCUGCUGGGCAGCUCCCUGCAGGAGAAUGGGACCUUGAAUGGGGAAAAGCUUUGUCCAGUCCCAACUCUGGUUCUGGAGCUCUGGAGGGGGGUGGUGAGGGGGCAGCAAAGAGAGGGCUCUGUGUGGGGACAUCUCUGAAGACUGAUGUGGCCUGUUGCUGCUUGUGCAUCAGUUAUUGCUUUAAGUAGCUGUAAUUUCUGUCUUCAGCAGUGCCUCUGGCUGCACCUGUUCUCUCUGACCUCAGGACCUCCCGCUGGCCCCUCCCCCGACUCUCCCUCUUCUAGAACAGCAACAAAAGCACACAAUUCCUGUCACUCCUACGGUGGGUCUCUGUAUCUCCCAAUUCUGAGGGUGCCCCAGACACCUCCUUAGGAAGGCCUCCUGGGCCUCAGUUUCCCCUCUAUGGCCUGAUCCUAGUAUCUGGGUAAACUUUGGUUGAGAGGUAGUGUCUGUGACCACCCUGAAAUAUCUUAGAAAUCUGGGGCAUUGAACGUUUCUCUGAAGUUAAAUAAACCUU